AUGGAGAAGGCAGGUGGCAUUCAGCACGGAGGGAAGGAGGGAACAAAGGUCAUCCCUGCACUUGCUUUAUUCAGGUACGAUCUGUCUCCGAGGUGCUGUGUGCCCACCAAGCAGACGCCUCAAGUAAGUGCCAGAUCCUUUCAUAAAGGGCUGAUCACUAUGCCAGAACUCAAUGCUAAAGUCACGAAGACACUGAACAAAACCACGCCUGGACUCCAGAUAUGGAGAAUUGAGAACAUGGAGAUGGUGCCUGUACCACCCAAAGCAUAUGGGAACUUCUAUGAAGGGGAUGCUUAUGUGCUUCUCUCGACGCAUAAGACUGGGAGCAGCUUCUCCUAUGACAUCCACUACUGGCUGGGCAACUCGUCAUCUCAGGAUGAGCAGGGUGCAGCUGCAAUCUACAGUACCCAGAUGGACGACCACCUGGGUGGGGUAGCAGUACAGCAUCGGGAGGUCCAAGGCUAUGAGAGCGAAGUCUUCCGGGGCUACUUCAGAAAUGGACUCAUAUAUAAGAAAGGGGGAGUGGCCUCAGGCAUGAAACACGUGGAAACCAACACAUACAAUGUGCAGCGGCUGCUGCAUGUCAAGGGCAAGAAGAAUGUGGUGGCUGCAGAGGUGGAGAUGAGCUGGAGCAGUUUCAACCAAGGCGAUGUGUUCCUGCUGGACCUGGGCAAGCUCAUCAUCCAGUGGAACGGUCCUGAGAGCAACCGUAUGGAGCGUCUGAAGGGGAUGAAUGUAGCCAAGGAUAUCCGUGAUCAUGAGCGUGGAGGGCGAGCACAGAUAGGUGUGGUGGAUGGCGAGGCUGAAGCUGCUUCUCCUGGGCUGAUGAAAGUCUUGACCUAUGUGCUGGGGCCGAAGAAGGAAAUCCAGCCAGCCAUCUCAGAUGCUGUGGUGGACCAGAAGCUGAAAUCUUCUCUGAAGCUCUACCACUGGAAUCACCAGGGGCUCAAACCAGGCACGACCCAGCAAGCUGACCAGGUCGCCCUCUACCACUAUCAAGUCCAGACGUCCCUUGAAUUGCCCUGGCACACGCAAGCGAUGUGGCCUGUCCACUCGCAGUUUCGGCAGAUCGCAUUGCGGAAUUGGCAUGACUUCCUCUCGUGCUUCUCUCCAUGGAGGUCGUCCGGCUCAACCUGCAUGGCCGUGGCGGGGUGCAACCGCUCCCAGGCGAUGGCGGUGGAUAGGGCAGAGGCGAGGGUGACGGUCUCUGCUUCCGUAAUCCGUCACUUGAGCUUCUCCUCCCUUUGUCCCACGACAAAGCGGUCUCGGAGGGCCUCGUCUAAGUUUGCCCCGAACUUACAGUCUGCGGCCAGGUGGCGGAGCUCUGCGAGGAAAUCCGCUACUGUCUGCCGGGAUUGCUACAUCUUAGACCAGUGUGGUGUAAGGAUCUAUGUAUGGAAGGGCAGGAGCUCUAGCAAGGAAGAGAAGCAGCAAGCCAUGACACGGGCUCUGGGUUUCAUCAAAGCAAAGAACUAUCCACCUACCACUGGUGUGGAGACUGAAAAUGAUGGCUCUGAAUCUGCAGUGUUUAAGCAGCUCUUUCAAAAAUGGACGGUCCCCAACCAAACUGUUGGCUUUGGCAAGACCAGCUCAGUUGGUAAAGUAGCCAAAGUGGAGCAGGUGAAGUUUGAUGCCACCACUUUGCACGCCAAGCCUGAGACGGCUGCCCAGCUCAGGAUGGUGGAUGACGGCUCUGGAGAGGUGCAGGUCUGGCGAAUUGAGAACUUGGAGCUGGUGCCGGUGGAGAGUCGCUGGCUUGGGCAUUUCUACAGUGGUGACUGCUACCUCAUCCUCUACAAGUACCAGAUUUACAAUAAGAUCCACUACAUCAUCUAUAUUUGGCAGGGCCGCCACGCCAGCCAGGAUGAGAUCACUGCAUCUGCUUACCAGGCUGUUAUUUUGGACCAAGAGUAUAAUAAUGAGCCUGUGCAGGUGCGAGUGACCAUGGGCAAGGAGCCUGCCCACCUCAUGGCCAUUUUCAAGGGGCACAUGGUGGUAUACAUGGGUGGUACCUCACGAGCUGGCAACACAGAUCCAGUGCCUUCCACCCGCCUUUUCCAAGUUCAUGGAUCCAAUGAGUACAACACCAAGGCCUUUGAAGUGCCUCCCCGUGCCACCUCCCUCAACUCUAAUGACGUCUUUAUUCUCAAAUCUCAGACUUGCAGCUACCUCUGGUAUGGGAAGGGCUGCAGUGGGGAUGAAAGGGAGAUGGCCAAGAGUGUAGCGGACCUCCUCUCCAGGACAGAAAAAGUGGUGGUAGCUGAAGGCCAGGAGCCGGCUGAAUUUUGGCUUGCCCUGGGUGGAAAGAUGCAGUAUGCCAACAACAAAAGGUUACAGGAAGAAACCCUCUCCAUCAUGCCUCGACUCUUUGAAUGUUCCAAUAAGACAGGCACUUUCCUUGCUACGGAAAUUCCAAAUUUUACUCAAGAUGACUUAGAAGAAGAUGACGUCUUCUUGCUGGAUGUCUGGGAUCAGGUCUUCUUCUGGAUUGGCAAAGAGGCAAAUGAAGCGGAGAAGAAAGCAGCAGCUAUCACUGCUCAAGAGUAUCUGCAUAGCCACCCAAGUGGCCGUGACCUCGAUACCCCUAUAGUCAUUGUGAAGCAAGGCUGUGAACCUCCAACAUUUACAGGCUGGUUCCUGGCAUGGGACCCCCUCAAAUGGACUGGUAUGAAAACCUACGAGGAACUGAAAGCUGAACUUGGAGAUGACAGCAGUCUAAAUGAGCUCACUUCCGUAAGUGUUGCAGAAGCAAGCGGACACCAGCUCUCCUAUGCCCUUUCGGAGGCCCCUUAUUUCAAGAGACAGCAUGCCUUAGACAAAUUUUGUUAUUCCCGUUCACCUCCAGAGGAAAUCGUUGAGGCAAAAGAGAUUUUCACUGCCAACACUACUUUUGCCAAGCUGUCAAUUACUAUGUACACACCAGAGCAGUUGGUGAACAAGCCUGCAGAAGAGCUACCCAAGGAUGUGAAUCCCAGCAGGAAGGAGGAUUACUUGUCAGAAGAAGAUUUCAUUGCUGUCUUUGGAGUAUCUCGACAGGACUAUGCUACACUGCCCCAGUGGAAACAACAGGCUCUUAAGAAAGAAAAAGGACUCUUCUAA